AUGCCUUACCUCCCUACCACCCAGGCAUACCUGGAGCAAUCUGCUCUGCUCCUCGAAGCUUACCCGGAAACUACCCGCAUCACAACAAAAUACAGCUUCCCAACCGAGCGCCGCGCCCAGCAACACAAGCGCGAAAAGUCCCUCGCAAAGAAACAAGCAUCCUCCACACAAGAACCCGCACCCACUGACCCUACACCAAGUGCUCCCAUCGCAUCCCUCACCCUGAAAACUUACAACCCCACUACAGGCGUAUGCCUGAAAUACCGCACGAACAAGCUGCAGGAGGUUAGUCGUUUGAUGACUGGAUUGGGCAAGUUGGCUGGCGGAGCGGACGUGGCUAGCUUAGGGUUAUCGGGGCCGGCCGACGUUGAGAUGGUUGAUGCGCCGGCUGUUGAGGAGGAGGUUGUGCAGAGUGGGAAGGCGGCUAGUGGGAAAGGGAAGAAGAAGGGUGGGAAGGGGAAGCGGUAG